GCUGAAGAGUGGGAGAGAGACGGUUAUUACCCCUGGGAGUGUGUGACCAGCGAGAAGGACUUUUGCAGUAACAGGGUCCCCCGGGGGGAUCGCAGCGAGUGGUCCCAGGGGCGGAGGAGUCUGCAGCUCGACCCUGGCAGAGAGAGAGACGGUUAUUACCCCUGGGAGUGUGUGACCAGCGAGAAGGACUUUUGCAGUAACAGGGUCCCCCGGGGGGAUCGCAGCGAGUGGUCCCAGGGGCGGAGGAGUCUGCAGCUCGACCCUGGCAGAGAGGUGGUGACCUCGAGAAGGGCUGGCACACUAGGGGGCCCCCUGGGAACUGUGGGGAGCUGUGAGCACACAGGCCGGUGAGUGGCCAGCAGGAAGAUGUAUGCCAAGCGGCUUAAGAGCGACCUGGUGGAGCUGUGCAAGCAGAGGCGGCUGCGCAUUGGGAGGCUCACCAAAGAACAGCUCAUUGCCCAGCUAGAGGCGGAAGAUCGCGCGAAUGAACUGAUCCCUGUGUCUCAGGGAAGCAGCCUGGCAAAUGCAGCGCAGGCAUCAGUGUCUGUCCCAGCUGGGAGUGGUCAGCCGGCUGCUGAGGGCUUCCCGAGACCCCUCCUUCCUAUGCCUAGGGGAAGGGUGGGGAGGAGCCCAGCAAAUACCGAGGGCGCCGUGACCCCCCCAGCCAGCAGGGGAUCCUCCCGGCGAAGCUGGCCGGCCAGCAGAGGAUCCUCCCGGCGAUGUUCGGCAUCCGUGGAGCGGAAUUGGCUGGAAUGGGAGAAAGAGCUAAAACUGAGAGAGCUGGAGGAUCGUGAACAACAGAGACAGCAUGAACGGGAGAAGAAUGAGAAACGGAGGCAGCAUGAACGGGAGGAGAAAGAGAGACAGAGACAGCAUGAAGAGAGACAGCGUCAGCAUGAACUGGAACUGGCGAGACUUAGGGGCCGCGAGCCCCCGGCUGCGGUGAGUGAGGGGGGACCCAGGACUGCACGGAGCUUUGAUAAGUGCAUCCUGGCCCCACACAAGGAGCGGGAGGACAUGGAUGACUUCCUGGAGGCCUUUGAGACGGCCUGCGAGCUGCACCGGGUUGAUCCCGCGGACAGACUCCGGGUCCUUACCCCCUUACUGGACCCCAAAGCCGUGGCAUUGUACCGCCAACUGGAAGAGGCGGAGAAAGGGGACUACGAACUAUUCAAAAAGGCCCUGCUACGUGAGUUUGGGCUGACUCCUGAGAUGUACCGGGAAAGGUUCCGGAGUCAAGAUAAAACCCCUGAGAUCUCAUAUCUGCAACUAGCCGUCCGCAUGGAAAGAUAUGCCAGCAAGUGGGCUGAUGGGGCCCAGACGAAGGAGGACCUGGUCAAACUGCUGGUACUGGAGCAACUGUAUGAGCGGUGCCCAUCCGACCUGAGGCUGUGGUUGGUGGACAAAAAACCAGAGAACCCGCGACGUGCAGGCCGGCUGGCCGAUGAGUUUGUAAAGAGCCGGUCAGGGGAUAACAGGGAGGAGUCCCAAAGGAGCAAUCCCACCACAACGCAGAGAGAGAGUCACCAUGGGACCUCCCCGUGGGAAAAUACAGAAAAACCCCAUCAGAGGGGAACAUCCGGCAUCAGGACCAUCCGACCCACUCAAGGGGACCCAUGGGACAUGGGCUGCUACCACUGUGGCCAAAAGGGCCACAUACGGGCCCAGUGCCCCAGGCUCAGGGACAGACUGAGCAGGCCGAACCCACAGAGGGUUGACUGGGUAGAGACCCAGCCCGGCGAGAGGCAGCAUUCCCAGGGAAGGGGGGCUGGCAGAGUACCACCUGCUAAGGAGGGAGGAGAGCUCCAGGCCAGCUCCUCUGGGGGGCUGGAUGCUCCAGACUCAGGGUUUUUGGUUUAUACGGUGGGCGUGCGGCUGUCCCUCCGGAGAGAGUGCCUUGUUCCCCUGGAGGUGGAUGGGAGGAAGGUCAAUGGAUACUGGGAUACGGGCGCAGAGGUGACGCUGGCCCGGCCCGAGGUGGUGGUCCCAGAUCAGGUAGUGCCCAACACCUACCUGACCCUGACGGGGGUGGGAGGGACCCCAGUCAAAGUGCCCAUGGCGAGGGUACACCUGAAGUGGGGGGCCAAGGAGGGCCCCAAGGAUGUGGGGGUACACCCGUAUUUGCCCACUGAGGUGUUGAUGGGGGGGGACCUGGAGGACUGGCCAAGCAACCCCCAGGGUGCCCUGGUCGUGACCCGUAGCCAGAGCCGGUGAGGGGCACUGCGCCCUGGCCUUGGGGGGGGUGCCUUGCCUGAGGCGCAGGACCCUAACCUGGUGGGGAGGGAACGCCCAGGGACACGGCUCAGGGAGGCUGCAACUUCAGACCCAGACGGCGAGAGAGAGCAGGUGGCCAUCCCUGUCCCAGCUGCUGAGUUCCAGGCCGAGUUACAGAGAGAUCCCUCCUUGCGGAAGAUAAGGGACCUGGCCGACCUCAGUGCGGUACAGACCAUGGGGAGAGGUGGCUGGAAAAGGUUCCUGUGGGAGAAGGGGUUCCUGUACUGAGAAUGGGCUCCCCCAGGGAAAAUGGAGUCGGGGGGAUCAGGAGGCAGCUGGUGGUACCCCAGAAGUAUCGCCACCAGCUGCUGUGCCGGGCCCAUGACAUUCCCCUCUCAGGGCACCAGGGAACCUGGCGUACCCAGCAGAGGCUGCUACGGAGCUUUUACUGGCCUGGGGUCUUUGUUACUGUCCGACAGUACUGCGGAUCCUGUGACCCCUGUCAGAGGGGGAGGAAGGCCUGGGACAAGGGGAAAACAGCUUUAGGACCCUUGCCCAGCAUAGAGGAUCCUUUCCAGAGGGUGGCCAAGGUUAAAAGGGCGGCUCUGAACCAAGAGAGCCCAAAGCACACACCUCCAGACUGGAGCGCUGAAAAAAGACCACAGCCCAGUUGAAGCCCCAGAGGUAUGGGGGUGGGAAAAGGGCGCAGGCCGCAUAAACCUUCCCACAUGCGAACUGCGAGUGCCAUCAAGCACCCCCGACCUAAGGGGGGGCGUGAAACUGGAGGGGCCUGGUGUAAUUCUCACCAAGAAAUGGGAGGGAUGCUGGGGCAUCCAUGGGAAUGGGGGUAGGUUCGAACUUCCCCGGGUCACUGGCUAAAGUGACCCUGCUCAGUUCGGUCUCGAAGGGGGGAGAGAUGUGACGAACUGUGACUGUUCUUCCUGUGGUCUGUGAAUGCUGACAGGGGAGUGUGGCUAGGACGGUCUGCAUUGGGGGAUGGGAGACUGGCCGAUGGAGAAUACCUGAGCAUGUAACACGAGAACCCAGGAAGGGGUUGGAGGCCAGGUGACACCUUUGCCCGGGAAACUGAACAAAGGCUGUGGGAGGGGUCGCUGAAGGCAGGGUUUUCAGGAGCUGGCUGGGGAUAUGGCUGGGAGGCAGACAGGGCUCUGACCUCCCAAGGGGGCUGGGAUGCCCGGGGACCCCAAGAUGGACCUAAUUGGGGGGGGUUCCUGUUGUCUGUGCCUACAAGACCUGUCUUGGACUGUGUUCCUGUCGUCUAAAUAAACCUUCUGCUUUACUGGCUGGCUGAGAGUCAUGGUGAAUCGCAGGAAGCCAGGGGGGGCAGGGCCCUGACUCCCCCACACUCCGUGACACAUGGGAGAGGAGGCUCCCCCAGAGUCCUGCCUGGCUUUGUAGGGAGCAGUUCCAGAGCAUCGCCCGGGGACCCCGUGACACCCUCCUCCCCCUCCCA